CCGCGAUCUGAUGUUCGUUGUUACACUUCAUUUGAUAAUAAAAUUCAGUGAAUUUAAUUGAGGAUUUUCGUGCGGUUGUUUGUGUUAGUGCGACGUUAGCAAAAGGAGCAAUAUAAACAAAAGCAUAGAAAAAAGAGAAUAUUUAAAGUGCUUUGUUUAUAUUGAACUUGUGUGCCACUUUUCUACAUUUUUUUGGAUGCUUAUUAGACGCUACUUGCGGAUCUGCCACUUUCUUUGACUCAGAAACCGAGUCUUGUUCGACGUAGUUGGACAAGAAUCGAAAUUUGCAUCCAUGGGGAAGGCACAUUGAUUAAUUUCAUCGUGAACUUGCGGCCCCACAUGAAUAGAUAACGAACCGAAUCCGUCACUGUUCUGGGAUCGCUCUUUGGCUCCGUGUGAUUGACAAAUUAACGCAUUCAGCUUCAUUAGCAUCUGUAUCCAAUCUGGAAAAGUUCUAUUAGCGAUUAGCGAUUAGCGAUCCCACGGCCAGACGUCGGUUUUCAAUUGUCUCUCGAUGUGGCAUUUUACAGAAUCGAUAUAGAAGUCCAAUUACGCGCUAUACAUAAACGACCUUUAGUUGGGCCAUCCCAGAUACACAUAUAUAAAGCUAUAUAGAGCCGAUCUGUGACGCACCGCCCAGCGAUUCUACGUCUAGUGGGUGGCGGGGACAAAACAAGCAGAAACCCCAACGAAUUUCGGCCCAAAUAGCAACACUUGGCUAAAUGCGUGAUCGCCACUUGGCCAAAAUGCCGCGUGGAGGAACGACAACAGCACGCUAUGAGGAGGAUCCGGAUAAUGCCUGGAACUGCUGCUCCUGGUGCGAGUACUUGCUUAUCGUCAUCCUGUCCACUAUCCUCCUGGUGGGCGUGCUGGUCUUGACCCUCUUCUGGGUGAUGUUCUACCGGGACGGAUUCGCCUGGUCGGAGAGUCCUAAGCAGCAGUUCAACCUGCAUCCCAUCUUGAUGAUCGCUGGCUUCGUGACUCUGUCCGGAUUUUCCAUCUUGAUCUACCGUUUGUGCCGGUGCGUGAAGCACAUCUAUGUGAAGCUGAUCCACAUGUUCUUCCACGCCGUCGCCAUUCCGUGCAUCGCCCUGGGUUUCCUAUCCGUCUUCGACUCCCACGAGGCGUUGCAAAAGGUUAACUUCUACAGCCUCCACUCGUGGCUGGGCCUUGUGACAAUGGGCAUGUUCGUGCUCCAGUUCGUGAUCGGCUUCUUCAGUUUUCUGGUGAUGUUGUGCUGUGAGAACAAGACCUACAGCUGCCGAUCCGCCAUGGUGCCCAUCCACGCCAGUUUGGGCCUAGCCAACUUCUGGCUGGCCAUUGCCACAUCCGUCACGGGACUGAUCGAAAAGGAGCGCGAAACCGUCAAUGAGACGAACGUGAGCCAGGAGAACAAGCUCAUCGAGCAUUACAUCACCAGUGCUAUCGGGAUCACCCUGAUCUUCAUCGGCAUUAUCGUGACGUUUGCGGUGCGGCGGUCCAAUGCGCCCGCCUCCGCGAAGGUUUACGUGACGGAGCGCAUUUAGACGGGCCGCCCGGCUCGUCGGAGUCUCCGUCGCCGGAUUUUGUCCACGGCCAGGACUGGAAGCGAGUUGCAGCAGGUGUAUCCGAGGAUCCAGGACCUCGGUGACUUCGACUGGACUUGGGGAAAUGGAUCCACGGUGUCCUUUCGCCAAGCAUAGCGCACAGAGACCACGCUUCUACAUCUCUAUCCGAACCCUUUGUAACCUUUAAUAUGCCAAAUUAAAUCCUCUUCAUACACUUAGACUACUCCAUACUAUACGGCGCUAAUCAAAAUCUUUACCACUUUCAAGUUCUCAGUAGAUGUUUAGGAUUAGGAAUCUCAGAUGAAAAGAGCCGACCAAGCAAGCAAAUCUAAUCAAAAUUGACGUGUUCAGCCGAACUUACUGAUGCACUUAGGCACUCUCAAGCAUGAUUAGCCAUUUUUUGGUACUAUAGUAGAAUUUUGAUAUAAGCCCAUGUAACUAGUGUAUGUACCGUACCAUGUAACGCAUUCAAUGUGAGCACUCGGACUCAAAUCUGUCGCAUUUGAUGUUUUUUUGUAAUCGUGCUAAUAUUUGUAUUUAAAGAUGCGCUAAGCAACGUAAGCUGUAAACCAAUUUUACAAACAAAUAAUAAACGAUACUUUUGCCCUGUCUGAGGGGUCUCAUAAAA